UCAACAAUGGACUAACUAAAAACAAUAUUAAGUCAAUGAAAUAAAAUCUAGUGGCUUGAGUCAGCAGUGGUUCCGAAGUGUAAGGCUGCCCUCUCUUGUUUUCACGAGGAAAGGCAAGCAGGAAUUAGAUGCUCUGUUUUGCAAAUGUAGAAAUAGUUUCCCAUUUUGUAAGGGAUUACUGUAUGCACAUGAAUGGAAAAUACAAUAGAAAUAAAGAGGAUGUGUUUUGAUAAUAGGUGAGAUUACAUGUAUAAUACAUAGGUUAAGUGGUCUUUCGCUAUAAUCUAAAUUAGCUGAAGCUCAAAGUUCAGAGUUCAGAGUUUCAUUUAUUUCAUUUUUUUCGUGCUGCACCUUUCACGUUGAAGGUGGCGUUAGUGAAGGCGCCCACUUCCUGUGACAUGUUUUCACGUGCUAGAAUUACCGCACAUCCCCAAGCCUCCAGCGAGAAAGUCCGAUGGUCGUCUUUAAUGAACGAUGGAGUCCAAUUCUACCUGCAAAUCGGUCAAUUUUAAUUUCACGCACGCCUUCCUGCCCUCAGUCUACGUUGCCGUUUUCGUUCUCGGAGUGAUCGGCAACGGCUUGGGGCUGAAAUCUAUGUAUGACAACUGGAGCAAAAUCGGUAACGUAAAUAUAUUCGUGCUAAACCUCUGCCUCGCGGACAUUUUAUACAUUUUAACUUUGCCCUGUUUGGUGAUUUACUACGCUUCCAGCAGCAGAUGGAUAUUUGGAGAUGUUUUCUGCAAGAUUUUAAGACUGUGUUUCUGCAUCAACCUGUACGGCAGCAUCGGGUUCCUCACGUGCAUCAGCGUGUACAGAUACCUGGGCAUCGUUCACACUCUGAGGGUUAAAGGCAGAAUUGCCGCGAGACACUCCGUGGCCAUCGUCGCCCUGGUGUGGGGUUUGGUUUUCCUCCAGUGCCUGCCUGAUAUGUUCUUUGACAAAACCGACCGUAACGCAACGUCGUGUUUUGACACAACUUCGGACAAGCACAUUACGCAGUACCUGAAGUACAGCAUCGGGAGGACGGUCGUCGGGUUCGGCAUCCCUUUGUUAAUAAUGCUGUGCUGCUACGGACAUGUGGCCUUUACCUUGGUGACAAAGAAAGACAUCGAUGUCAUCUUGAAGCUGAGGUGUCUAAGGCUGGUCGUCGUCCUUACCCUGCUCUUCUCUGUUUGUUUCAUUCCUUAUCACGUUUUUAGAAACUUAAACCUUGUUACUCGAAUCUCCAAACUGGGCGACACGUGCCUGAAAUGGUACUCUAAUGUGUACAUCGCUAACCAAAUUGGUAAUGGACUGGCCUGCAUGAAUAGUGCGAUCAACCCACUGGUCUACCUCUUUAACGGUGAUAAAGUGUUGAUGAAGUGUUUCAUAAGGGACGGACGAGCCCGCCAAUCCUCUGCCGGCUCUCUUGUGGCGGACUGUACCUUGAAAAAGCCAACUCCAAACAGCAUGGCGAUGAAUUAGAGAUACAUGUUCUUUGUUGUGGGGGUGACUUUUCGUUGCGGGUUUUUUUUCAAGUGAAUAUGUAGAUCUUGUGACAGGAUAUGCUCUCGUUUCUUCUCUGAAAAACAGAAGUCGGUUUAUUGCGUUGCGUAUAGCUUGCAAUGCUUAGUUCCUGCACUGCUUAGUAAUAUUUUUUCUUUUUAUAUUUGCAUGCCUUUUUGUAAAUUCAUAAGAACACAGCUUGUUUGGUUAGAUAACGGACAUUCAUCAAUAUCACAGUAAUGAUCUAGUUUCUAAGCAACAAAGCCUUACCAAAACAAACACCUUACCUAAUGUUUUUUUAUUAGGCUACAUAUGAUAAACAGGUAAACAGUUACAAUAUACACAUUAAGAUAUUAUACACCACACAAUCUUAUAUGACUACCAUGUUGUAAAGUAAAAGAGAAUUAAAAAAAAAAACUAAAGAAAUGUUAUCUUUCCUUUGUAUGAUGAAUUUGUGUUUUGUCACGGCUUGAUGGCUAACAAAAAUCUGCUCUCUAAAAAAAAAUAAUUAUUUACUAUCACUUUAGAACAGAUUGUAAAUAUUAGGUUUUAUAUUAUAUUUAUAAUUCUUUAUAUUAUUAUUUUUUUUAACAUUGUCAAAGUAAUAAAUAUUGAGGAAACAUUUGUCAUCUUAGUCAUUG